AGUAUACCCUGUGUGUCCUUCUCCCCCGAUCCCUCGAACCUAGGUGGAGGGUCUUAAAGACGCGCUUGUGUUCCCCGCAUGCAUUAUGUAUCAGUCCAGGAGGGUUGGUCACGGGCAGCUAGCUUCAUCUAAGACACUAGCUAAGAUAAAUCAUUGUAUAUCAUCAUCGCUGUCGUCGCCAGCAAAUACUGCGAAUACCGCUGCUUCGAACGUGAAAAGCUGACGUGGAGCAGGUGCUGCCUACACUUUGUCUCCUUUCGGGGUUGCACAGCUUUUAUCACGCAGAGCAGCAACACACGUGUUACUCGCCUCGUUCCAAACACCUGUAACUUGGUUGAAAACGCUCCAUACAUCCUACAACGAGUAAUGCCCAUCAAGACCAACGGAACCAAAUGUACUGGACAACCCCAACAUCCUCUCCCCCUCCCCACCUCCACUCCUCGCCCCUCACCAACUCACCAGCUGAAUACAUCAACGCCAUCCGCGCCCUCGCAUGCCUUACCACGCCCCUCUCCGCACAGCUUCUUCCCUCCUCCCCGUCUACACAGCCCUCCGCGCAGCACAAGUCCCCUCGCUGACGUACCUCUUCUCUCUGGACGAGCAAAUCGCACACACGGAGCUAGAAGAGCUGUAUGCUAGGAUUGUGCUCUUGUGGCAGGAGAUGCGGGGGCACUAUGUGGAGUUUUGCUGUCUGUGUGCGGAUUGGUGUGUUGGUGAGGUCUUGGGCUUCGUACGGGAGGUAGGGGAGAGUGCGAAGGUGUGGUGCGCGGGCGUAGGGAAUGAGUGGGAGGAUUUGGGGUGGUCGAUGGAAGAAGAGCGGUUGAUAAGUGCUACUAGUGAAGUUGCCGCAUGUGAGGAGAUGUCAUUUUGCAGGAUUACGUGUAUUAGCAGCGAACCCGUUGGCCAACACUUCCACUACACAAAAUGCCUCGCCACACACAAUAAAGUCCUCCUCUCCUACUACUCACAACCUGCAGCAACUUUCAGGAUGCGUGUCUGCGUCUUUGUUCUAGGCAUCGCCGGCCUCUUCAUCAGCCUCAGCCGCAGCACCCCCAUCCGCGUCCCGCUCUCCGAUGACGAGCCCGACGCUCUCGAGAAGCGCUCCGGCACUGACGGCCUCUGGACCUGGCAGAAGCCGCAGCCCGUCAUUGGGAGGUACCCUGACGGAAGACUUAUCUGUCGCAUCGUGACGAUGACUGCCGGCCACACCCAAGGCCCCUGCCCACCCGAAGUCGCGCCCGAAGCAGUCGCCAAGCUCCUCCAUGCCCAGCAUUGCAGGCAGCACUGCUGCAUGGAGGACGGCGCGCCAUGCGGCGAGAACUGGCAUGUCCACGAGGGCUCCGCGUACAAGGACAAGCAUACGUAUACAAAUGGCCAUGGAGCCACUAUCCACGAUGAUGAUUAA